GCUUUUGUUGAUGAUGAAUGCCCCAAAACGGUAAUGCGCAUCCAAGUGGUGUAAUGUACCCUUAAUUCUGUCACUCCCCUUGACAGGCUACGUACAAGUCGCUGCAGCUGCCUCCUCUUCUUGACACUGUCACCGCUCCUGCAUCCCGAUUAGAGUGAUCUCGCCAACAAGGGAAGGAACGAUCGUUUGUUAGGUUCCCGUCGGGUAGGUACGCACACCCACGGCACCGCCCAAGGUCACCUGGUCGCUGUCACACUGCAUCGCAUAUUGUUUAAUAUAUCUCUGUCCUUCCAAACAAAACCUCUCCUCCAACACAUUUUACCAUCUAUCCACAAAUCAAUCGCAUCAAGUCACUGAAAGAACGGUCAGCUCGAUUACCAAGUCUCACAAUCCCAUCGCACAUCAACACAUCCCCCCAACAAACGAACACCAAGAAUCACAAUGACUGGCGCUACCUCGAACCCCCAGGUCUGCCCUGUCGUUGGCACCACAAACUCGACUCUCCCUCCCAGCCACCCGGACAUCGAUCUCUCCCAGCCCGGCCAAACAUGCCCGGUCGUGGGGGCCUCAACCGAUCACCACCACAACCUCCACAAGCACCCUCAAGUGUCCCAGCCCGAGGGUCUCAAGCGCUUGGACGACGCCUCGGCCUGCCCCGCACUCAACAGCCGCAUCGUCAACGAGCCCAAGUCCAAGGAGAUGGACGAUGAGGUCUGCCCCGUGGUCGGCACAGCGACGACGGUUCUGUCCCCCGAUCAUCCCAACAUUGAGGGCGCGCCGGAGGAUGCCGAGUGCCCUGUCACCAAGGCCAAGGUCGCACAUCACAAGGGCAAGGUCCACGAACACCCGGAUUUGCAGAGCGCCAGCGAGGGCGCCGUCUGCCCGGUUGCGGGGAAGUACAAGAGUGAGAUGGCUGGUAUUGGUGCUUAGAUUGUGGGUAGUGAAAGAAACAAACGGUUACACGGCGCUAUGCUAGGAGACCGAGACUGAAGGAUAACAAUGUAAUUGAAUAUUGGUAUCGGAUCAAUUAGUGCGUUCACAAGUUGCCUGGCAAUGGUAUUCCGUGAUGGUGUCUUUUGUGAGCCUCGUGCACCCAAACCCCUUGAGCUGUGAAUGAGCGAGCCCUCCACGAGAGUCGGCAGGUCUGGAAAAGGAAGUUAACCACUGCAAGGAGACAACACAAUUGAAGCUAGAACUUGCAACUGGGUACAAUGGCCAUCACUGUCACACCUCAACUAAACGGAUUGAUUGUUGGAAAAUGAAUUUCUCCUCGUCAACUGAACUUUCGAAGGCGGAUGGCACGAGUUCGGAGACACGCACAGUUCUAGCCAUGCAAAAAGAGAGGAAUGUUUUCUGGGACACAAUACACAAUUAUGUUCUUUUUUC